AUUGUUAGGAAAAGUUCGGCGCGCGCGGAAAUCCAUCCUUCCCCGGGGAAAAGUUUUUGUGUUGUUGUCUGCUCGUGCACGAGGACCCCGGGGCACGCGGUCCUGAGCUGCGAAGAGGUGCGUGGUGCGGUGCGCACCACGGCUGCAGUGAAAAGCGACUCGCCAAAAAGGACAAAGACCAGCCACACGCCAACGAAAUAGUGCGCCAACCGCCGUAGACCGAACAAGAUUGACGGACGACCAGCCGCACCAGUACGCCUGUUGGGUGGAAAAAUUCACAACAAACUUCGACACUCGGGCAAAAAACCAGAAUCCCACACAGAGACACCCCGUGGGCCAGUAGAGCUGAUUGCAUCGGGUGCGACUUGCAGCGUUGCCUGCUGCUGUUUGUUGCCACCGCCACCGCCGUCGGCAGUACCCUUUAGCUGAUCGAUUAAAUCGCCCACCCGGUUUGGCGGCAUCAUGCACGACGCGGUGUGCAACCGUAACAGUCAUAAACAAAUCGGCGAGACACCCAAGGACGAUGGUGUGCAGUAGGAAAGCGGACGGAGUAAGGCGAAAAAUAGAAUAAUGAAAACGGCAGAGCGCAUAGUAGCGGUAGAUCCAUCAUUAGCAGACGUAGCGGAACCAUCCUCAUCGACGGUGGACCGUCAGAUCCAAGCAGUGGCCAGGCAAUUCCUUUGCUGCACUCCGGUCCGAGCGAUCCAGUGGAAUGAGCUGUUGAAGGAUCUUACUUGGGAGUCACAGGAACGACUCCUGGACGCGACGAUCGAUCAUCCGCUGGUGGUGCGCUACCCACUGAACACAGCGUAUCAGGUGGCUUUCCUUAAGCGACUAAUCGGUGAGCUGACCAGCAUGAACGUUGAGCAUCACGAUCGAAUGUACGAACGGUAUUGUGCGAUGCUCCAGUCACCUUCGGCUACCGACCUUCCGCUCGAUGACCCGUCGAUCGGGUUGAGCUACAAGCACUACGAACUGCCCCAGGGGCAGGGUGUCAUCUCGCUGAAGGAAUCGGGCGCGUUCGUUUCCGAUGGUACGACCGGUCUCUGCAGUUGGCAGGCGGCGAAAGCGCUCUGCGAGCACAUUUGUAACAAUCGCGAUGACUAUCACGGGCGCAACAUUCUCGAGCUCGGCUGUGGCGUUGGACUGGUUGGUAUCUAUCUGGCCAAGUGCUACGAACCGUCCAUCAUCGUAAUGUCGGACUGUCACGCGUCGGUGCUAGGAACGCUGCGGGAAAAUGUGCUACUAAAUUUCCCCAACGCGGCCAAUGUGGACUGCGACAACCCGCUCGUCAGUUUGCUGCUGGACAGUGGCAACUCGUUGGUGGGCGUGAUGGAGCUCGAUUGGCAGUGUGUGAGUGCCUCGAACCUGGCACAGCUCAUCGAACCGGACGUGAUCGUGGCGGCCGACAUCGUGUACGACCAUGCGCUCUUUCCGGCCCUCCUGUCGACGCUCAACUACAUCUUCUGUCUGUCGAACAAUCGGUGCAAGUUCGUGCUGGCGUGCACCGAGCGCAAUCAGGAAACGCUGAACGACUUUCUACAGCUGUUGAUUACGGGCAAGUUUCGCAUCAACGAGGAAACGGUUUCACCAUCGCGCUACUUCCAUUGGGACACCAGCGCAACCAACAUUCGCAUCUUUUCGAUAUCACGCGGCUAAAUUGACCGCACCGAACGCUGAUUCGCUAACCUAUACACAUCUUCUCUUCCUUCCACCAACAAGACUCUUUCUACGCUUACGUUACAAUCGAUCGGCUGUUUAGUCGUGAACUCUUUUUAAUCCAACCUUUUCUAGCUUUCGAACGAUAUCAUUCAACGGUUUUUUACGCUCUCCCGCUGUAGAGGACACUACUAUAUCAAAACUAUUCCUUUUCCCCUACUAAUACGGUUGUAGUAAUGUCUAUUUAGAAAACAAAACCCUUAAAAAUGUAUUUAACGGCUUGCUCACAUUUUUCGCUACGCAAAGCGAACUAUAUCUCAUCGACCAAAAUGCGGCCAGCAGCGAGAGAGACGGAGCUCGUGGUUCGCGCGUUUCAACACAUAUGAUAGGAAGCCCCGACGGCAAAGCUUAACAUUUCAUAUACGGUACUAAAAUAUCGGAUAAGGUACAACCUCAGCGACAGUAACAAAAGCAAAAAGACAAACCGAAAGUACACACCGAGCGAGCGGAACAAUUUCAACCUUUUUACGUCCAGAUAGUUUAGCACAACAAAAUGAAACAACGGUUGGCGGCGAUAUGCUGCGGCAAAGAAAAUAAGUCAAAUAUAUAUUAGUUAAUGCAAUUAUA